AUGUCCGUGGUUAUUAUAUGGGAACAGGUUUUGCCCCUUAUGUUACAGGGAUAGUUUCUAUGUUGUGUCUUGUAGGGCAAUGAACUCCUUAACUUAAUGUUCCUCAGAUUUUAAAGUAUCUAUAACACAACAGAAAGGAUCUUGGGAUAAUAUUUUCAUACAGUUAUCUUUGUGUAGUAUAUGUUUUUCCUUGUUCCUAUAGAUCUGUAAGUCACCACCAGUGGUAUACCAGUGGUGUAAUUGGCUUCUGGGUCUCCUGGUGGAUCUGAGGAUUUGGUCAUUCAUUGAAGUGGGCUGAUAGCCCUGAUUCAGGAAUGUCCUUUGUUGUAAGUGUUCAUCUCUGCCUAUUGAGUUGGAACAAAUCCGAUUGUAUCUGAUGGCCUGGCUGUAAACAAUGGACUUUGUCAUGUGUUUUGGGUGGAAGCUGUACGAUCUGAGGUAUGUGGGUCAAAUAAUAGGUUUUUGGUACAGGUACGGCUGUAUUGUGUUGUCUGAAACUAUUAUAGGGGUGUCCAAAAAGUGUAUUUCUCUAUAGGAAUAGCGAUAACUUUAUGUUGAUCACUACUCCCCUAGUCUUUUUCCUGACAUUAAACCACCUCUUAUAAAUUAUGGAAAUGUGAUUGUUUUCUUCAGGUAUCAUCUUUAUGUAUAUUUUUUAGAUGCUAGAACUUCUGCCCCAGACAGAAGUUCUAGCAUCAUCUUAUCAUGACCAACUGGGGGACAGGGAGAGUGAUCCCUAACUGACCCUAAAAAAACUCUCCCUGCCUACUUGCCCAUCCAUCACAACCAGAUAUAGCAAACAGGAUACAAAUACUAACAGGACAGACUAUAAACAGGCAAACUGAUAAGGAAACAUAAGACACUGUUCACACUGGGACACAGAACAUACAAACUGGACACCCCACUCUACAGAAGGAGUAGCCAUUAAUAAUAAAGCCAAAUAGGCUACUGGUCAGCGGACACACUCCACCGUGUGGACAAAAUGCUGACCCAGUAGGAAACAUAAAUAUAAUACAUGAAACACUAGGCUAGAACCAGAUGAGUCUGAAUAGACUCCAGAAUACCAAACAGGAAUAUAACAUACAAAGCACAGGGUACAAGCUAGACUCAGACACCAUGUGAACACAGACAGAGCAGAACGAACAAACAAUCCUAAAACCGACUAAUGUAACACAGACUAAAAUACAAGGAACAUGCUAUAUAACCAUGGCUAAAAACCCAGAUAAAAUGACAAGAUAAAUACAAGGUAAAUGCUCAAGCAGACAUAGUCAGAAUAUAUCACAAACAGACAUAGUGGCAUUAAACUAAAUAACCAGCCCCAGAAUGCAGGAGAACUCUGGCUAAAUAACUCCACCCGAGUUCUCAUUCGUUCAGAGCAUUAACUAUUCCCUACCCAGGUAGAAUAGCAAACUGCUCUGAACAAACUAGUGUGUGAAUACACACCUAAACAGAAAAAUACAAAAACAAAUAAAUGGACAUUACACAUCUCCUCUGCCAGGGCAGAUUGGUGACUGAUCAGGGAUAUCACUGUCAUACAAUCCUUCACCCUUUAUGAUACUUCUCUUCAGCCCCCUGUAACCUUGUUUUCUCUUUAUGAAAUGUUAGUGCUUUUUUUUUAUUUUCCACAGGUAAAUACAAUUUAAUUUCACCAUUUCUUACACACACUGACUCCUGUUACCUCCUAUUAGUUGUAUUAUAUAUUUUCUAUUUUUCAGGCAUAUUGCUGUGAGAUUUCUAUUCUAACCCUUUGUUGUCUUGCUUGGUCUACUCGUAUGUUCUAUUUCUAUAACUUUUCUAUUUGUUUUAACUGCCAUUUUUAUGCUUUUCAGUUACAAUAAAAGAGAUAAAGAAAUACAUGUAGUCAAUUAAAGCAAAAUGACUCGAAAUCAUGGCGUAUAAGAAAAACACCUCAGGGCUCUCUACACAAUCCAGAACAUAAUCCUGUCCAGCUGCAGCAUCAUCUUUAUCCCCGUUAAAGCACAGGUUGGGACAAAGUCCAUUCUGGGAAGUGAUAUGUGACGAACAUGGUAUCGACAAUGGAGGAAACUACAGAGGAGACUCCGACCUGCAGCUGGAGAGGAUCAAUGUCUACUUCAACGAGGCUCAUUCCAAUAAGUAUGUUCCUAGAUCUGUGCUUGUGGAUCUGGAACCUGGCACCAUGGACAGCUUGCGCUCCAGCCCUAUUGGACCGCUGUUCCGUCCAGACAGCUUCAUCCAUGGUAAUUCCGGAGCUGGCAACAACUGGGCAAAAGGCCACUACACAGAGGGUGCAGAGCUGAUUGAAUCUGUGAUGGAUGUAGUGAGAACAGAGAGUGAAAACUGUGAUUGUCUUCAAGGAUUUCAGCUGGUGCACUCACUUGGAGGAGGAACAGGCUCUGGAAUGGGCACUCUCCUUAUUAAUAAGAUUCGGGAAGAGUACGCAGACAGGAUCAUGAACACCUUCAGCAUCAUGCCUUCACCCAAGGUGUCAGACACUGUGGUGGAACCUUACAACGCCAUCUUGUCUAUCCACCAACUAAUCGAAAAUACAGAUGAGACCUUCUGCAUUGACAAUGAGGCUUUGUACGAUAUCUGCUUCCGCACCCUGAAGCUGUCAAACCCAACCUAUGGCGACCUUAACCAUCUGGUGUCUAUGACAAUGAGCGGGGUGACUACUUCUCUGCGUUUCCCAGGCCAACUCAAUGCUGAUCUCAGAAAACUUGCAGUCAAUAUGGUACCUUUUCCCCGUCUGCACUUCUUCAUGACCGGGUUUUCUCCUCUAACGUCUCGAAGAAGCCAACAAUAUAAAGCUCUAACAGUACCAGAACUAACCCAACAGAUGUUUGACUCAAGGAACAUGAUGACAGCCUGUGACCCAUUCCACGGCCGUUACCUGACAGUGGCUGGAAUCUUCCGUGGUCAAAUGUCCACCAGAGAAGUAGAUGAACAGAUGUUGGCCAUUCAGUCCAAGAACAGCGCCUACUUUGUGGAGUGGAUUCCUAACAAUGUCAAGGUGGCGGUUUGUGACAUCCCACCCCGUGGUCUUAAGAUGGCGUCUACCUUCAUUGGCAACAACACUGCCAUUCAAGAAAUCUUCAAACGAAUUGCUGACCAGUUCUCAGCCAUGUACCGAAGAAAAGCUUUCCUCCACUGGUACACAGGAGAGGGCAUGGAUGAGAUGGAAUUCACUGAGGCGGAGUGUAACACCCAUGAUUUGAUUGCAGAAUACCAGCAGUACCAGGAUGCUACAGCAGACAUGGACUAUUUUGAAGAGGAUGUUGAAGAAACUGAAGUAGUACAAGUAACAGAGACUGUACAAAAGGUUUACUUUGCAUCAGAGCAACAGUAAAACCAAUGAAAAGUUCCAAGUAACACUUGUGCGAUAAAUACUCUUUCAAAUGGCCAUACAGCGGCCAACUUUUAGCCAACAUGUAUCUAGUGAUCCAUCUGAAAAUAUCCUAGAUCUCUAUGUAGUUCAGGUCAUAAGAGCUGUGGCCUGCAACUUAAAACUACAAAUCAUAGCAUUCCCUGAGCCUUUGCCGAAAUUGGACUUUAAAGACAAAAGGCUAUAACAUUGCUCACUUUGUAUAUUUUAUGUAUAUAUAUAUAUGGCUGUUGGCAUCUGUUUUGUAGGCCAUUGUGAAUAUACAGGAGGAGGAUGCGCAAAAUUACUUUUUUUUUUUUUUAUGUAGAACAUAGAAGGUGAUUUAUCAAAACCUGUGUAGAGGAAGAGCAACCAGUCAGAUUGCCCAUAGCAACCAGUCAGAUUGCCCAUAGCAACCAGUCAGAUUGCUUUUUUUUCCCCCCACAGGUCUCUUAAAAAAUGAAAGAAGAAAUCUGAUUGGUUGCUAUGGGCAACUGCACCACUCUUCCUCUACACAGGGGUUGAUAAAUCUCCCCCACAGAAAACAAGCUCUUUGCCAUAUGCUUAAUGCCAUAGCCACAUAUAGCAAACCCCUUAUCCUGACCAGAUUUUACUUGACAGAAUUUUAGUCCACCAUACAUUGGGGGGGGGAUUUAUCAAAGCCUUUAGGGUACAUUCACACGGGAGUGCAUCCGCAGCAUAUUUGACACAGCACACACAGAGUUAAAGCAGAGUAAAUUCCCUACUGCUGCUGCCAUAGCUCUGUGUGUGUCUGCUUGUGAGAAAUCCGCAGUCACGAGCGGACACACAAAGCUACGGCAGCAGGCAGCUCAUUGUGCCGUAACUGUGUGUGCAGGCAGCGCAUCCGUGGCAUCAAAUACCCUGUUGAUGUGUUCCCGUGUAAACGUACCCUUAGACCAGUG